CGUUCAAACAGUCUACACGUAUAUAGUACGGCCUCUGUGUCUGAAAGCGCGUCAUUUUCCUUCCAUUUCUUUUCCUUCUCUCUCCUCCUCACUCACAGACCUCCACAACAAUGGUGUUACUGUCUUCUCUGCCUCAGCUAUUCCUCCUCUUCCUUCUAUUCACAUUCACAAAUCUCUGCUGCUCCAUCCCUGUAAACACCUCCAAAGACUACCUCAAGCUCCCAUUGCUCCAUAGAACCCCAUUCACUUCCCCUGCUCAAGCCCUCUUUUCUGAUAUCCGCCGCCUUUCUCUCCUCCAAAAUCGGCCCUCUUUCAAAUCGCCUGUUACCUCCGGCGCUUCCUCUGGCUCCGGUCAGUAUUUUGUCUCGUUACGUCUCGGUUCUCCCCCUCAAUCUCUGCUCUUAGUUGCUGAUACAGGCAGCGAUCUUGUCUGGGUCAAAUGCUCUGCCUGCAAAAACUGUUCCAAUUACUUCCCAGGAUCUGCAUUCCUCGCUCGCCACUCCUCCACAUUUUCCCCAAUUCACUGUUACAACCCACUGUGUCAACUCGUUCCACACCCCCAACCUAAUCCCUGUAACCACACUCGCUUGCAUAGUCCCUGUCGAUAUGAGUAUCUAUAUGCUGAUGGUUCCAAGACGAGUGGAUUCUUCUCCAAAGAAACCAUAACGUUAAAUACAAGCACCGGAAGGAAGAAAAAGCUGAAAAAUGUAGCAUUCGGAUGUGGGUUUCGGAUCUCAGGUCCAAGCCUUACGGGUGCGAGCUUCAAGGGCGCCCAAGGGGUGAUGGGUUUGGGCAGAGCACCCAUUUCGUUUUCUUCCCAGCUGGGUCGUCGUUUUGGUAACAAGUUUUCCUACUGUCUGAUGGACUACACACUCUCCCCGCCUCCCAUCAGCUACCUCAUGAUCGGCGGCCUACAAAGCAGCGCCGUAUCGAGGAAACGAAUGAACUUCACGCCAUUACUGGUAAACCCUCAAUCGCCCACAUUUUACUACAUUGCCAUCAAGAGUGUAUCCGUCGACGGUAUAAAGCUACCAAUUGAUCCCUCUGUUUGGUCAAUUGACGAGUUGGGUAAUGGAGGAACGAUCAUUGAUUCAGGCACGACGUUAACUUUCAUAGCAAAACCAGCUUACCGGGAGAUUCUUAAAGCGUUCAAACGGCGGGUUAAGCUACCAAUUGCGGCUGAGGAAUCACCAGAUUUCGAUCUUUGCGUGAAUGUGUCAGGCGUGUCAAGACCCGCUCUACCUAGAAUGAGUUUUGAACUCAGUGGUGACUCGGUGUUUUCGCCUCCAUCGAUGAAUUACUUCAUCGAUACAGGUGACGGAGUCAAGUGUUUAGCGAUUCAACCCGUUAACUCGGAUGACGAUUUCUCCGUGAUAGGGAAUCUGAUGCAACAAGGAUAUUUGUUGGAGUUCGAUAGAGACAAAUCGCGGCUCGGUUUUUCACGUAGCGGGUGUGCUAAGCCCUGACAUAAAAACGGAGCGUUUUAAUUUUUUUUUUUCCCCCUUAAAUCUUGUUUUCUUUCAUGUAUUGGAAUUUUUAAUUUAAUGAUCAACAUGUUGCUAAAUAUAAAUUAAAGUUAUUAUUUUCGGAAAUUGUGGGAAUUUUUGGACCA